AUGUCAAAAGAAUUAUGGCCAGAGCUGUUGACCGUCGAGCGAACACCAUUUAUUGCGCUGUUGGCGAGUGGAGCCAGCCAGCCACAGCCGUCUCUGACUGAGUGCAGCCUACGAAGCAUUAAUCAUCGGGCCGAAGACCUGCCGCCGCCGCUGCCGCUGCCGGCGCCGCCAUCGCCGCCGCCGCAGCCAUCGCCGACGCCAACGCCAGCGCUGACGCCACGAUGCACACUCGAUCACUCGACACCCGAAUCCUUCCAACAACGUUCACGACCAUCACACAGACUGAAUGACGACGAACUGACAACCAGACCUGGGCCACCCAUUCAGUUCCCUACAGCAUAUGUGAGUUCUAUUUGA